ACUAAGAAAUGUUUUCAAAAAAUGUGGAAAUAAAUUUUAACCGAGAAAUUAAAGAAUUUUUCCUUGUUUUUUCCAAUACUAUUGUUUAAUUCGCGAUUGCGGAGUAAUUUUCUGGUGAAUAGCGUAAUGUGAAAUGUAAAUCGUAGUUUGUUAGCCACUUUCAUUGGUCAGUGCAAAGGUUGGAGAAACUACAAAUCAUUGAAAAUGCGUUGUUGUGUGCCAUUCUGCACAAAUACUCCCACCAAUGUGUCAACAUCUGAGUCGAAGGGGAUCAGUUUUCACGCUCUCCCCAGUGAUGUGCGUCUGCGCGCUGCUUGGCUCAGAGCCCUCGGCAAACAAGACAGUCAGCUACCAGACUCUGCUGUGGUCUGCUCCCAGCAUUUUCUUGAUGAUGAAAUGUAUGAAACAGAAAGUGGCUUAAGGCAGAUUGCUACUGGUGCUGUUCCUUCAACAGUGCAGGUUUGCAUGAUAUGUCUAAACACUGACAACAAGCUGUAUCUAAUGAGUAAACACAAAUUGGAAGAAGCAUAUGAGCGGUUAACCGGAUAUCCAUUGUAUGAUCAAGGAAACCUGAAACGAACACUUUGUGUACAAUGUGCUCAGAGACUAAUAAACUUUAGUAGAUUCAGAGACAAGAGCUUGAGAGCCCGUGCACUGAUGAUGGACUUAGUUGAAAAACAUGAAUUAAUAACACGGCGACAUAUCAAAGGGAUAAACCGCACAAAGAACCAACUAAAGAGUAAUUUUGUGAUGAAAACUCUAGGACCUGACCACUGUGACUUAUACAUACUGGACUCCUCAGACAAACAGACAGAAUCAGAGCCAAUCGGCUAUAGUGCUGUUGUGAAGAAUGAAGAAAGUUUUGACUCGCCAAUUGAUGAAGACAUGGAAGUGGCAGAGGAAGAUGACAAUACUGCAGAUAAUGUCAAUGAUGAGUUGGUUGCAUUUAACGAGGAGUGCUUCUCUGACGAUAGCAUAAUGUUGGAAACAAAACUGCUGGAUGAUGUUAUUUGCAAAGCUCUGGAGAACCCAGUAUUUGCAGAACAAGUGGCUGAAAUACCGGAUUUGUUGAAGUGUGAAAGUGCUGCCUUCCAAUGUACUUUAUGUUCUGAGGAGUUUGUUAGUGAACAUGCGUACAUGCAACAUAUGCACAUGCAUGACCAGCAGAACAGUGACGGAAAUGCUGACUGUAGCACGUCUCAAGUAUGCAAGCCUCAUACAGCCGUGAGCUCCUCACACUCUCCAUGCCUCACUGAGAACAAGCAGGCCAUUCCUCUGAGCCAGGCCUCGAGCCUGUCUGCACACAGCCCGUCUGCACACUCACCUCAAACUGCAGUCGCUCCUCUGUCCGCGAGACUUGCGACGAGUAACGGAAACAAAGUGCAAGCUGAAGACGCCGAUACAGUCCAGAAGAGUGAACCACUAUUUAAAAUUAACAAUGUCGGAUUAAACAACCAACUAUUCGAUACCAACAAUAUAACUGACAUUAAUAGAUUGACUGAUUGUGUGGUCAUAUUAUAUGAUAUUUUCAAAAAGCCCGAAGUAGGUGUACCAAUACAAGGUGAAUCACUGGCGACAAUGAGACCAAGUAUUAGUUCUUGGGACAGUCAGCGUCCAGUUACUAACAAACUGAAAGUUACUGAGCUUAAUGCUACGAAAACUUCACAAAGUAAAACUUAUUGUUCAAAUAAUUACAACAGUGAAGAUAGUUUGCUUACUGAAAAGAAUGGGUAUAUUUGUGAUGUAUGUAGACAUAAGUUUAAACGGAAAAGUCUCUUAGUUAAACACAUAAAGACUCACAGUGAAGUAGAACCGUUCACUUGCAAGUAUUGCCAAUUCAAAGCUAUAUAUAAAUUUAGUUUAAAGAAACAUAUGCGAACUCACACGGCUGACAAACCAUUUACUUGCGAGUUAUGCGACUACAAAUGUAAACAAAGUAGAGAUCUAGUGCGACACAUGAGAACUCACACGGGUGAAAAACCUUUUACUUGCGAGUUAUGCGAUUACAAAUGUGCACUUAAGUCUAAUCUGGCGAGGCACAAAAUAACUCACACGGGUGAAAAACCUUACGUUUGUAAGUUAUGUGAUCAUAAAUUUGCACUAUCAAGUCAUUUAGUGAGACACAUGAGUACUCACACGGGUGAAAAACCUUUUACUUGCGAGUUAUGCGAUUACAAAUGUGCACUUAAGUCUAAUCUGGCGAGGCACAAAAUAACUCACACGGGUGAAAAACCUUAUGUUUGUAAGUUAUGUGAUCACAAAUUUGCACUAUCAAGUCAUUUAGUGAGACACAUGAGUACUCACACGGGUGAAAAACCUUUUACUUGCGAGUUAUGCGACUACAAAUGUGCACAAAAUAGUAGUUUAGUGCAGCACAUGAGAACUCACACGGGUGAAAAACCUUACGUUUGUAAGUUAUGUGAUCAUAAAUUUUCACUAUCAAGUCAUUUAGUGAGACACAUGAGUAUUCACACGGGUGAAAAACCUUUUACUUGCGAGUUAUGCGAUUACAAAUGUGCACUUAAGUCUAAUCUGGCGAGGCACAAAAUAACUCACACGGGUGAAAAACCUUACGUUUGUAAGUUAUGUGAUCAUAAAUUUGCACUAUCAAGUCAUUUAGUGAGACACAUGAGUACUCACACGGGUGAAAAACCUUUUACUUGCGAGUUAUGCGAUUACAAAUGUGCACUUAAGUCUAAUCUGGCGAGGCACAAAAUAACUCACACAGGUGAAAAACCUUACGUUUGUAAGUUAUGUGAUCAUAAAUUUGCACUAUCAAGUCAUUUAGUGAGCCACAUGAGAACUCACACGGGUGAAAAACCUUUUACUUGCGAGUUAUGCGACUACAAAUGUGCACAAAAUAGUAGUUUAGUGCAACACAUGAGAACUCACACGGGUGAAAAACCUCACAUUUGUAAGUUAUGUGAUCAUAAAUUUGCACAAGCUAGUCAUUUAGUGAGACACAUGAGUACUCACACGGGUGAGAAACCUUUUACUUGCGAGUUAUGCGACUACAAAUGUGCACAAAAUAGUAGUUUAGUGCAACACAUGACAACUCACACUGGUGACAAACCUUUUACUUGCGAGUUAUGCGACUACAAAUGUGCAUAUUCUAGUCAUUUAGUGCGACACAUGAGAACUCACACGGGUGAAAAACCUUACAUUUGUAAGUUAUGUGAUUAUAAAUUUGCACGAACUAGUUAUUUAGUGAGCCACAUGAGAACUCACACGGGUGAAAAACCUCACAUUUGUAAGUUAUGUGAUCAUAAAUUUGCACGAACUAGUUAUUUAGUGAGACACAUGAGUACUCACACGGGUGAGAAACCUUUUACUUGCGAGUUAUGCGACUACAAAUGUGCACGUAAGUCUAAUCUGGCGAGGCAUAAAAUAACUCACACUGAUACAAAUCCUCCGUCAUGUUCGUGAGCCGCACGCGGCACUCCGCCGCCGGCGCAUGCUCAGGAGAUACACUCUUGUUGAACUUUUUGCUGAAGCACUGUCAUGAGUAAUAAAUAUUGUGGUUAAUAAUGUUGCACACAAUCUCUUAACUAAAAUGGCUGGUUUAAAUGUAUUGUUAUGCUUUUCAUAACGCUCCCUGCCGAAAAUUAUAGCACUAGAUUUAGAUGUUCCAAUUUAGUUUAGUGAAACACUGUUGAAGGUUGAAAAUCUGUAGAGUGCACUUUGACUUUAGUUUCAGUUAAAACGAGGCAGAUUUAUGCCAGCGGUAUUACGUUGUCUCGUUUUAAAGUGUCUUAAGUCUGAGCAAACUCUGAGUUCGCUCUAUAGAUCUCAGCCUUAGACCUGUUAUGGUGGGCUGGCGAUGGGGUGAGGAUGAUGAUGAUUUGGUUUGAUUAAGAGACUAUGUGACCCCCCGGCUGUAAUGUAUCUGAUAUAUUAUGUAUCUGUAACUUUUGUAUAAAAUGUAUCCUACAUACCUAAUGGUGAAAACCGCAUCUGCAGUCCAGUAGACCUCAGGUGGAGGUGGACGUGCGUCGUGGAUUGAGUGUGCGGAUGAGUAACACUGCCACUGCUUUGCACUUCGUGCUGCACAUUUCCCGACUAACAGUGUUGGUUUCUAUAUGAUGAAGGCGGCUAGUCCAAGUUUCUCAAUAUGGAAUAUAAGAAAAUAUUCACAGUCUUACACACUGAUAUAGAAUAUGCCGAGACGUGAAAAGAUCACAAUUCAAGAUCAGGAUUUUUUAUUUGCAGAAACAUUUUUUACAAUGAGAUGUUAUUACAUAUUGUCCAGUAAAAAUGUUUCCCCUUAAAUAAUAAGACAUGCAAAGUUAGUACCAAAACAACUUAAGAGCGUUGAAGCAUGAGCCUGGAACACAAGUUUAGGUAUUUACCCGAGGUUCUUUGUUUGUUUCCGUGAACGGACGUA